AUGAAAAGUUCUACAAUUGGUUUAUUGUUAUUAUUAUUAUUAUGCACUUAUUCGAGUGGAUCUGUAUUUCGGCAAUUAGCUAAAGAUAAGAGUGAAAAAUUAGGUGAAAAAGCGGUCAAUGGUGUAAAAAGUAUUAAAAAGAAAUUUUCUUCUAAACAACAACAAUCAUCAUCCAUUGUACGUUUACAUAAUCAAACAAUUUACAAAUCCAGCACUUAUGCUGAAGACUAUUGCAAAGAUUUCGGUCAAUCAUUGUUAUUGUUUGCCUAUCGUGGCUUCUGUUAUUCUGUAACAUCUGAACUCAUACCAUGGGCAAAAGCUGACAAUUAUUGUCAACAACAUUUUCGUAAUGUUUCAAAUCGACAAGCAUCAUUAUUAGUAUUUGACGAAGAUGACAGUGAUAGUGAAUUUCAAUAUAUAAAACAGAUAUUUAUGUCAUACAAUCAAUCUGCAACAAAAUUGAGUGCAUCCAUAGGAUUUAGUUAUAGAAAUAAUACGUGGUUAUGGUUAGAUGGUCGAAAAGUUGAUUUUAGUGAAACACCACCAUCGAUUUAUGCUGCAAAAAAUUCAAUAUUUCCAUAUGAACAAUUAAUGUGUGGACUUAUUGAAUUUCUUCGUUUACCAAAUGAAACAAAAUUUGGUUUAAUGCAACAAGAAUGUUUAACACCGGAAAGAGUUUUUUGUAAAUUAGAAGUUGAUUAUUGUUUUGAAAAUGAUAAAUGUGGUUUAAAUGGUGUAUGCAGUAACGAAGAUGGAGCGUUUCGUUGUGAAUGCGCAUUUUUAUACGAUGGAGCAUAUUGUGAUCAAUAUAGUUCCGAAGCAAUUCAAGUAAUUAUUGCAAGUAUACUUAUUGGUUUGGCAUGUAUAGUUAUAGCUGUUUGUAAGAAAAUUCAAAAUGGACAAAACAAGAGUCUACCCGUGGAUCAUUAUGAACGAACUGAUACUACUGCUGCUCAUGAUCAUCUAUUAAAUUUGGAUCAUAAUAAAUCAUUAAAUAAAUUUAAACAAAUUGGUUCACUUUGUUUUCAAAAAUUUCCAGAUUGGAUUCAUCAUACACCAUCAACAUCAUCAUCAUCAUACGAUAGUUGUUCAAAACCACCUCUACCACCACCAAUUUUACGUGGUAAUCAUGAAAAACAUCGUCGUUCUAAUCGUCAUCGAACAAAAACAAAAACAUCCGAUGGUUUACUAACAUUUGUCCAAUCAUUUUUAACUGUCACUGUAGCUGGUGUUGCUAUUGUUUAUAUUUGUGUUCGACGUACAAGUUCAAUUUAUGAUUAUGAUUCACAAACUUCAAAACAUCAUCAUAAUGCUUCAAUAUCAAAAUUAAAAGAUUAUAUUGGAUUAAAAUCAACGAAUGAUGAAAAUCGAACAGUAGCAAUAUCUAAUAGUUUGAAAAAAUCUUAUCUUUGUCGAUUAAUUGGAUCAAAUUAUGUGAAUCAAAAUGUAUUCAUGUUACCAUUUUCAGCAUUAUUAACAUUCAUUUUAUUUCUACUUUAUCAGACAAGUCAACAAUCAUCAUCUCCAGUCAAACAUCAUCAUCGAUAUCGAUGGUUUUUUCAACGUUUAAAAUUUCCAAUUAUUUUAAAUCCAUUUCAAAAAAGUGAUCGAUUCCAUACUGUUAUUCUGUUUGGUGUUAUAUCAAAUCAAAUUAUUAAUUUAUUAAUUGAAGUACUACUCAAACCAAGUGCAGACGUACGAAUGGGUAUUUUAUUUGAUUUAAUUCGUCGUCUUGGCCUUGUUAUACUGUGUGGUGCUCGUUAUUUUCCUAUCUUAAUUGGUUUAAAUGUUCAUUGUUUAACAUCAACAUUUUUAACAUCUCUUUUUAUCACAUUCGAUUUAGCCUUGUCUGUUUACUGUGAAGCUCAUUGUAUUCAAUCAGUGAGUGAUCAUUUAACAUCAACUGUAUCCAUGAUAAAUUCAUCAUCUCGUAUUCAAUUGGAUAUUGCACGUAUUCAUUAUGUAUUAGCAAAAUGUUUACCACAUUAUGUUGCAUUAGCUCAUAUUAUGGCACGAUUUUAUACACUGACACUCAAACAUUUUCUCUAUUUAUGUAAAGGUAAUGAACGAUGGUCUCAUAAUUAUUCAAAAUCGACAAUUAAUACAAAUACAACAAAUACAAUUUAUAAUACUAUUUCAAAAGAAUUUGAUAAUGAUUGGUAUUAUACAAAAUCGUUAAUGAAACAUGGUUCAACACCAAACUACUAUUUGUAUACAUCUCAACCACAAACACAUUCAAAAACAUUUAAACAAUUUCUUCAUAAAAUUUAUAAACCACGACCUUAUUUUCGUUAUUCAUUACUUGUUCUAUUUACCUAUACUGUAUCAUUUUUAGUUUUAUAUUAUUUGACAUGUUUACUCAUAUUUUCAAGUACAUUUACACUACGUCUUUUGAUGACUGUAACCGGAAAUAUUUUGAUGAAAUUGAUUCAAAUAUCACCAAUAACAAUAAAUAUUAAAACAAUCAAAGAAAAAAUUAAAAUAAACAAAUAG